UCCAGUGUACUUCACUUUCAGACAAAAACGUGAAAUAUCUGCUCGCUCACUUCGUACAAAGAUUAAUUUUUGGGCGAAGAUAAUUUGAAUAACAAUUAAAGACAUUUUCGAAAAUGGUGAGAUAUUCAGAGGAAAAUGAAAGAUUAGCGGAUAAAUCAAGAUGUGCUGGUGUUAGAGCCGACUUAAAACUAUGUUUAUUAGAAAGUGAUUGCUGUAAAAUACAUAAGCGCACACCGAGAGAGUGCCUUCUUACUGGUGAUGAAACUGUUCCAUAUGAAUGUCACAUUCUGCGAAAUACAUUUUUUGAGUGUAAACGUUCAAUAGUGGAUGGUAGAAGAAGAUUUCGUGGGCCUAGGGGUUAUUGAUACCUAAGAAGGUAACGGUUGUUCAAUAGUUUUAAAAAUUAAUUAUAAUUCAGUAAGAUCGUUUAUAUCAGUGGUUGGAAGAAAAUUUAAAUUACAUUUAUAUUUCCACUUUGGUACUGUUAUUGAUUAAUCUUAUGCAGAAGUACCAUUUAAGGGUUUUGUUUCAUUCCAUUAUAUUACAAGGGCAAUGAUGUUUUCGCUUAAAACUACUUAAGAUUCAAUCAUUUCAGGAGUAAUGUGAAUAUUGAAGAUAAUGUAUUGGAUUACUGAUUUAUUAUCAUUUCAUUCAUUGUACACGAAUCAAUAAAUUAGAAGUAUAUUUCAUUGAA